UGCUGGGGGCUGAGCGCUUGCCGGGGCGUCCGCGGCGGAUGCAGCCUCCCUCCCUCCCUCCCCUGGCCGAGCCUCCCCGCGCUCAUGCCCAGCGCGGAGCCCGCGGCGCUCGGGCGCUGCCGUGCGCGGGGAGCAGCAGCCGGGCCGGGGCCGUGAUCCGCGAUCCGGCCGGGCCAUGAUCCGGCCGCGCCGCCGCCCCUGAGCCGCUCCCGGCGCCGCGCAGCCCCCGGCCCCCGGGCCCCUCUCUAACAGGUGGCUCGGUGCCUGCCCGCUCCCCGGCGGCUCCUGCGCCUCUCUCCUGCUCCCCGCCGCCGCCUAACAGGUGGUGGUGCCGCCGCGCCUUCCUCCGUACAGCGGGCAUGGGGAACCAGGUGGAGAAGCUGACCCAUCUCAACUACAAGGAAGUUCCCACGGCCGACCCGACAGGUAUGGACAGGGAUGAAGGGCCCAGGAUCGGGGUCUCCUACAUCUUUUCGAAUGACGAUGACGAGCUGGAGCAGCAGCAGGAUUCGGUGCAUGACCCGGGGGGUGAGAACCCUGCCCUGCAGCCCUACGAUCCCCAGCUGCACGAGGUGGAGUGCUCGGUCUAUUACCGGGAUGAGUGUAUUUACCAGAAGAGCUUUUCAGAGGAGGACGCGCAGUUAGAGGAGGGUGACGAAGGAGGUGGGGGGCACCUGAGCACCUACACCCCGGAGAACCUGCUGAAUAGGUGCAAGCCAGGCGACCUGGUGGAGUUUGUGUGCCAAGCGCAGUACCCGCACUGGGUGGUGUACGUCGGGGAUUUUCAAGUCGUGCACCUGCACCGGCUGGAGGUGGUGAACAGCUUCCUGACCGACGCCAGCCAGGGCCGGCGGGGCCGCAUCGCCAACCGGCUGUACCGCUACAAGGCGCUCAGCCCGGCCGCCGUGGUGCGCAACGCCCUGGAGCAGGUGGGCUGCAAGGAUCGCGACCUGAGCUGGAGAAACUCUGAGUGUUUCGCUGCCUGGUGCCGAUACGGCAAGCGAGAGUUUAAAAUCGGCGGGGAGCUGCGCAUAGGCAAGCAGCCCUACCGACUGCAGAUCCGGCUGGGUGACAAGCGCAGCCACACGCUGGAGUUUCAGAGCCUGGAGGAUCUGAUCAUGGAGAAGAGGAGAAAUGACCAGAUUGGUAAGGCUGCUGUGAUCCAGGAGCUCUCCAGCCACCUGCAGACUGCAGAGGAGGAGGAAGAGGAGGAGGAAGACCAUCAUCAUCCAGGUGCUCAGACUGCUGUGGAGUAGCAGCCUCAGCACCACCAUUCUGCUUAGCCUGGGUGAUGGGGAUUAAAACUGAAGGCUGCGAAAUUGAGCUGUUAUAAGCCCUUUGGGCUGCUUCGGUGCAGCUUCAUUCCAAUCACAUGUGAAAGGAAGGGGGAAAGCUGAUUAAGUGUCUGUGCUUUAGUGCUUAACUCCUUCAGUGCUAGAUGAUAAAACCCCUGACUUAUUUGUAGAGGAUAAAACUCAGGGCAAUUCUACCCCUCUCCUCUCUCACUUAUUUCCCUUCCUCUCUGCCAUGUUCACACAUAGCCUUUUCCUCAACCGUCUGCCAGUGGGCCUGACCCUACAAGAUGCUAAAUGCCUUUGACAUCUACUUAUCAGCAGAAGUUAGUAGUAUUUAAUAUCAUUUAGAAGUAGCCAACGACUUUCAGGAUAUGACCAUGUAGCUCUGAGCAUGAGGAUAUUUGUUUUCCCUUCUCUUCAGCUGUUUCUCUUCAGCUGUGGCUUCUGUUGGUAUUGCAAGGAGCUGCUUCUCGCCUGGUUUGAGGCUUUGUGGGUUUGGUAACCAGUUCCCCAGAAAGUAUAAGGCAGAAAUCUCCACAGAUUUUAAAGAAAUGGGUUUGAUGUGCCUGGUGCCUUCUUAAUUGAUAGGAGGUUGCAGGUGGGCUGGGGGACCUUCUCCUUUGCCAUCAGUGUGUGGCUUUGGGGACAGGGUUUAUUUAUUGCUGCCAGGCCCCAGGGAAGGAAUCUUGCCUCCCCAGUUAUACUCUGCACACUGGUGUGUGUUGGGACUCCUGCAGGCAGAUGCUGAGCUGUGUCAGGGCUUGUUACAGGCUGCCUUGACUUCUAGAGCAAAUGGCAGAGCUCCUGACUAUGCCUGUAAACACACAGAGGCAGUAGAAGCAGGUUGCUUAUGUGUAAGAGUAUGUCUUGAGCAAGCUGUCCUUCAAGGUGAUCUCUUGGCUGUGAGUGUGCCACAGGUUCUGCACCACAGUGAGCACAGCUGUGAUGGAAGGGAGCACAGGCUGGAAGGCACUACAGGCAGGGAGGCUUGGGUGUUCCAAAGCAGUUUCCUCUUCAUUAGGGAUUUCGUAUUUCCUUUUUUUUUGCUAAUUUCUAUGGUAUGCAGCUGAGCUAUAGCACUAGAGGAGAGGACAUGCCCCCAAAGUUGUGCAAGUCCCUCAGGAAGGUGGAGUGCAGUGCUGCCUGCCCUGAAUAUUCCCUGAACUUUUAUUCAGCUGUUGAACUAAUCUACCACACCGGCAGCACUGUCAGAUCUUUGUCCUGGGGUCUGGGGUGUGUAAACAAGCACUGGUUUGGAGCCAGUUUCUAAUUCAAAAUUGAAGAUAAGCUUGAGUUCAUUUAAAUAAUGGAAAGUAACAGUGUGAUGUAAACUUGAGGCAUAAUUUGUAUGGUCUUCCCUGAAGUUGUUUACAGUUAUACCACAAAUAGCAAAGAACGCUAUGUCCUUUCCACCCCUGUGACAGGAGCAAAGUUUGUUGUUUAAGAAUAGGUAGACACAAGCUUUUGAUUAGUUAAGAUUAUAUGAAGCAACUUUGCCAAUUUGAGCCAAGUGGAUUGUGAUGUCAUGUUUUCUGCCUAAAAUACACAAGCUAGCUGUGAAACACUAAAAUCCAGGGGAAAGUUUAACACCAAGCUCCCUUAGAAUGCUAUAGCUCAGGUGCCUACACUAAGUGUGGUUUUUUUUCACCAAUAUGCAAUUGAGUUAUACUCAGGUUACUGUGGUUGUUGAGCAGAUAUCUAGCCUUGUUUUGGAAGUAUAUCUCCCCAUAUAUGUCUGUGAUAGGGUUAAUAUGUGGAUGUCUGCACACAGGUUUUAUACAACUACUAGUAACUAUUAAAGCUGAAAUGAUCACUGAGACAGUCUGAAAAAGAGUGGAGGAGAGUCUCUCUGUUGUACUUCUGACUGUUAUAAGACAACAGAUUAUCUAGACCAUGAGCAAAUGUCUAGCUGUGGUUUCUUUCAUACUGAAACCUUGUACAUAACAAAGUUUAUUUCACUGUGUAACAUAGCUAUGUAAAAUAAUAUUUUCCUAGAGAUAUUUUUGGAAGUUUAAAAAAGCCCUUCAUAACCUUGCAUUUGAAAGUAAAUUGUUAUGCACGUUAUUUUCCAGUCCUCUGAAUGGGUUUAUUUUUCAUUCAUGAUCUAAAGUAUAUUCUAGGUCAUAAAGUAUAGAAACUGCUAUAAAUGUCAAAUAUUAUGUAUCUACAGGGUACAAAACAGUAAACUAGUUGUGAAAAUAUUUUUCCCUUGUGUCUGAAACAUCAGAACUAUGACACUUAGCCAUUUCUCUCCUUCUAAGAUAACCUGCAUAAUCUGGCUUUGUUUUCUUUUUUUUUGUUGUUGUUUGGUUGGGGUUGGUUUUUUUUGUUUUGUUUUGGGUUUUUAUGUUUUAAUUUAAAGAAGGACCAAAUCUGCUUGGGAAAGGCUUCUUUUACCAACUGAAAUCUUAUCUUGUGCUGGUCUUGGUGCUUCUCUGUACCAGUCAUGCCUUUUGGGAUAAAUUCCCCCACAGGCACAGGGCCUUAGCAAAGAAUUCCAGAGCUUGCAGUGCUUUGCUAGGACAGAGAGUGAAGGGGGAGCUUGCCUCACAGUAAAGUUUGACAUGCAUUCUACUGUGUUAUAAAACCCCUGUUCUCCUCUGACACUUGGGAUACCAGUGUUUGAUAUUUGGAAUCUUAAAACUUCCCUGCAAGCUAUGUUUGGGAAUUUAUUGUCCCCUGACAUUCCACUACGUGUAAAAGUAGAAGAGGGUGGAAAGCUUGGCAUUUUUAAAAUUUUUUUCUGAGAGAGGGUUACCUCCAUCCAGGGAUUUCUUAUUCCAGCAGAUAAAGAUGCAACUGCUGAAUCUUUAACAGGCAGGCUCUUUUCCCCUACCUGUUGAUUAGGCAGUGUUAUUUAAUAGGUGCUACUAAACACCACUGCACACAUUUCUAAGCAGUCUGGUUUUAAAGCCAUGGACCUGUAAUAACCUGGAUGUGAGAACAGAAAUUGCUGUAGGAGCACAUCUCAACUGCUUGGUUUCUUGUCUUUGCUGUCCUUUGCUCAGUUACUCUCUACAGAGUAAGCUGGAAUUUCUGGAGCUUGAUUUUUAAAAAAAAUCCCCCAGGAAAACUGACUCUUUUGUGUAUGUCUCUACUUCAGGACUUCUACAUAGAUCAAAAAAGAGAGGGGAAAGGAAUAGAUAAAGUGCUCUUCCUGCAUCUGCUUUAACAUAGAGAAAUGCAGGUGUGAUCCUUCUGCAGAGCUUGUGCUUUAGCAGAGGUCUUAAGCCCAUAUUGAUUUUAAGGUUUUGAGUAGACCUUACCUACUUGAGGCCACUUGAGAAUCAGUAAGCCCUUUCAUGUGCUUGAAAUUAAGUGUGUAUUUACAUUUCUUUAUGAACUAGGGUCUGGAAUUUCAAUGUGAUGUCUCUGGUGGGAGCGUGGAGGAUCUGAGGUUGCAUAAUCUACAGGGGAGAACAAGUAGUGCAGUGAAAGCUGUUUCUCAAAGGGCCUCUUGUCCAAAGAGCUCAUGGAACCCAGCCCAAACUUUGGCCUCAGUUUCCCCCCAGAAAUCCCAGAGCUGCACUGAUUUGGUGAGAGGUGUGUUGUAGCAGUUGUAAGCUGGUGAUCUGCUGCAGACUUCUCCAGUGUCUUUGUCUUGUCAUGCUUGAACUUUCCCUUGUAUUUUUAACGUAUAAAGUUAAUAUAAUUUAUUUUAAAAGCCCUUUGUGCAAACACUUAAUCUAUAUGAAUUUAGUCAUUUGGGUAUAUCUACUGCUGUGAAUAUCAAUAUGCACAUGUGAAGGCUGGCAAGGCUGAGCCCCAGAUGUGCAAAUGUAGCUCCAGCUAGGAAAUGCAGAUGAGCAGUCUUAUUUCCCUGGAGUAUUGGUGUGUUUGAUGCAAAUAAUGCCUUGGAAAAGGCGUUGUAGUAAAACCUACAAUUAUCCGUUGAUUGAGUAAUUUUAAAAACACAAUUUAGACAUUCACCUUCCGUGGCAGGUGAACAAAGACAUAAACUGACUAUUUUGUUAUCCCUGAUUCUGUGUGAAUGCAAGGUAUUGAUUACAGCAACCCUAGAACUCCUCUGGCCAAUGUGGUAGGCAGUUGCAGAGGCAGGGAAAAUUCUCAAAAGCAACUUCAAAAACUCUAUUUUCUUACUUGGAAAAACAUGUUCUUCAGAGUGAAGGACCCUAGACUGUGGAAGUAAACCUUAAAUUGUUUUGUACUAAUGAAACCAUAGGCAAACUCCUUUUGUUAAUUUGAUUUCACUCUUCCACUCAGUACUAUAAUAGGUGAUAUUGUAUAAUUAUCUGUUUCAGGUUUUGAAUGUAAUGGUGGUUUUCUUUCUCUUCUCCUUUGGUGAAGUUUUACCAAAGGUCUGUCCUUGGGUAUGUGAAGUGUGUUGUCCAGUGGUUUCCCACCUCUGCUUUUCUGACAAUUAACAGCCCCAACCAUAAAGCUAACAGUCAUGUAGGAGCAAAUAUUUUUUGAAAGCAAAAUUUUAAUUUUAUACAAGAGAUCAGAGGCUAGUAACUAAGUAGAGGAAGGAAAUACAUUGUUUCCAACAGCAGUUUCUAUUUGUAAGAAAUCUACUGUUAAUUGAGUGUGCUUGACUAUUUUUAAAAAUCAGUGUGCAGUGACAAGGCCAGAAGUAUUGUAUCAUGGGCUUAGACUUUCAGAUUAGGCUUUUUCUUUAACUGUGAAUAGGAAGAAAUCAGGGUGAUUUUGAACACCAGUGGUUUAGAUGGUUUAAAUUCCUUUGCAUUAAUACUGGAUUAGAAGCUUUCUUUAAAUGCACACUUGAAAUUCCUGACAUUGUAACACUUCAUGAAAUCAUCCACAAUAAGAAGUGUAAUCACAAAUAUGAUUUUUUUUCACCAUGAGCAUUUUCUGUAAGCUGUCUUUUGUCAGUAAAUGUUGAAUUGUUAGUGAAAAUAUCUUCUUUCCCUGAGAAAGAAGUAUGCAUCAUUGAUUGUACCAUUUCCUUCAAAAUGAAGGGCAUUGCAUAGUAACUCAAAAGAAAUAAAAGAUUUAUAGUAUCUUUUACAA